AUGCGCCCGUCACUGUCGUCGUCUACAACGACCCCCAACCGUGGCGAAAAGGGCUGCAACGAGGAGUGCCUUCAUCACCGCCGCCGCCGAGCGGACAGUGCGCCGUUUACCGCGUCGAAGCGCCAGAAAACAGACGACAACGACGCGCGUCGUGGCGAUCGCGAGCCUGCGCGCGCGCCCGCGAGUGGUUUCUUUGUCCGUCUCGCACGUUAUAUUCCUAUUGUGAACAGGUUUGUGGCGGAGGAAGACGUGGGUACGAAUGUGGAUUUGGAUGUCGGCGCGGACGCUGGUGUUGAUGACGACACGGACGAUGCAGAGUCGCGGGUCUUGAAGACAUGUGGGAAGAUUCAGACGGCGCAAGAGGACUUUGGUGAAGAGGGCGAGGGAGGGGACCGUGAAGGUGGUGAAGAUGGAGGCGAAGAUAAAGUGCCGGAAACGUUUGUGCCAGUGGAUGUGGAGAAGAAGAAGAAGGUGCAGCAGCAGCAACAGCAUCAUCAGCAUCGUGAGACGCUUGAGGACGCGGUGGACGUGGUGGUGCCGCCGAGCAAGCAAGAGAGGGAGAGCGCUAGCGUUGUGAUCGAUCAAGCGCAGGAAUCCCGUGGUCAGAUGAAGAAGUUGAUGCCGGUGGAUGUGAAACCGGAGAAGAAGAAGAAGGUGGAUCAGCAGCAGCAGAAGGAUACGCUUGAGGACGCGGUAGAUGUGUCGGUGCCACCAGUGACCCGCUCGACGCUAUCUUCUGGUCGGAGGCAGGAGAAAGUUGCUGCUAGACCGUCGCUUCCGCGCAAGUGUCGUCGUUCAAGCUUGCUGCCGCGUGAAAGCAAGCAAGAGAGGGAAAGCGCUAGCGAGGUGAUCGAUCAAGCGCAUGAACCCCGUGGUGAGAUGAAGAAGUUGAUGCCGGUGGAUGUGAAACCGGAGAAGAAGAAGAAGGUGGAUCAGCAGCAGCAGAGAGGAUACGCUUGA